GGAGCGGUUAGAGGUGGGAGUUGGCGCUGCCCGCGGGGCUGGGAGAGAGGGCUGCGAUGCGGACCUGGCCGCGGCAGUGACCGGAGCUGCCGGCCGACAUGAAUUCGCUGGAACAGGCGGAAGAUCUCAAGGCUUUCGAAAGAAGACUUACUGAAUAUAUUCAUUGCUUGCAACCUGCCACUGGACGUUGGAGAAUGCUGCUUAUAGUGGUGUCUGUCUGUACAGCUACUGGUGCCUGGAACUGGCUAAUAGACCCUGAGACACAAAAGGUGUCCUUCCUCACGUCACUGUGGAACCAUCCGUUCUUCACGAUUAGCUGUAUAACGCUGAUAGGCUUGUUCUUUGCUGGAAUACACAAAAGAGUAGUCGCACCAUCAAUUAUAGCUGCUCGAUGUCGAACGGUAUUAGCAGAAUACAAUAUGUCUUGUGAUGACACAGGAAAGCUAAUUUUGAAACCUAGACCUCAUGUUCAAUGACAGUCUGCACUAUUGUAAGGGAACCUAAACCAGUCUUUCCUCAAGUAAGUGAUACCGCAGAAUACCAUAAAGGAUUUCUUUUAGAGUUGGACAUGUGACGGUUUAGCAGCAACUGACAAGAAGCGUGCAAUACUUGCCCAGAUGAUCUUGACGAUGCUGGCCGAGCUCUUGGCGCCUCAGUACCUUUGAUUACCUGUGUUCAGUAUUAGUGUCACUUCAGCACUUCAGCCCCUGCACAGAACUCUGCAGAUGAAGUUUGUGUGUAUUACUAAGUUAAACUUAGAAUCCAGACCUCCUUCAGUUUUUAUAAUGUAUUUUUGCAAAUUACUGUAAAUAGCAAAUCAAUGCCAAUGUUAAACCAAGAGGAAAAUGUUUGGACUUUGUUCUCCUGCACCAGUAUUUCAGGAACCAUCUGCUUGACAUCCCCACAGCUCCUUAAACUGACUGCUACGGGUGCCUUUCAUUCUUAAUGCCUCUUUCCAUUGCGCUGCAGGAAAAACAUCCGAUUUUACUUAGAAUCCCUGAGCCAAUCUCAUCUUCAUUAUGUUGAAAAAUUUAUAGAUGUUUCGACAAUUUUUGUUAGGUCCGAUACUGGAUUCUGGGAACUAUUAUAUUUUUCAGUAAAUUGUUUUGAUUUAACACUAAAUUACUUUUU